AUGAGUCCGAUUGCCAAGCGGGACUUUAACCCUAACAUCAAGGAACAAGGGCCUUCCGGCAUAGGACAUGUUUCAGUUCCGCUACUCAGAGGCUUGCACCCAUGUGCAAUUCUCAGACUUCAUCUGGGUGCUCCGGUGAAUGUUCCAAAGUUUCGAUCCUUGGGGCCGCAAGACGAGGAUCCUGUGCUUCUAGAUGCCUCUCAUAACAAGGCUUCAGAGCGAAGUGCUGAGCUGAGGAAGAGGCUGUCGUCCACCUGA